CGGAGCUUUUUGGUACAACGCAUUUCUGGGCCUCGAGAUUUCGACCAUGGACGAAACACACGAUUUCAAAUCGUUACAGGACCAGCUUCAAGCUGCCCUGAUUGCAACAACACGAACCACUGGCCAAAUCUCUGCAGAAGAUUUGGGCUUCCAUCGGUCCUUUAAUCCUGAAGUUGGCACUGCCCUUGACGAACAAAGCGAGCGCGUGCUGGCUCUGGCAAGCGCCCUACUCAAAUCUGCGGCUUCGAUAUCGGAUCUGCGGGCCCCCGUACUGGAAGAUGCUGACGACGUAGAGAACAACUGGCGCAAUGUGGUGGAUGUUGUGGAUUCUUUGUUGGAGAAGUCGGACACUUGCCUCGACGAAUAUACUGGUGUGAUCAAGCGCAAGGAUACCACGACAGUCGAAUCCCCGACUCAGAUUCCCUCGAGGUCCAAGAAGCAGGGUGGAAACACAUACAGAAACCAAAAUCUAGUGAAACCUCAGCUAGCAUUUGAUGUCAAACCUGACAACAGUGACGAGUCGCCCUGGAAGCCUCUUUUGACUUCGAAACCCCAUGCUUCAAUUGCACUCGAAGACAGCCUUCCCACUUUCGCAAAUGAUUUCGGUCAAAUACAGUAUGACUACUCCAAUUUUCUUCCGCAGCUCUGUCUACCCCCGAUUCCUUCUAUGCCUGAGGGCUUGACAAAGUCACAGAGAGCGUCAUUCAAUAGACGUAAAAGGAGAUUGAAGGAGAUGGGGAACGCUCGGUCUCUCGUGCACCGAGACAAUACUGACACAUUUUUCAGAUACCGGCAUCCUUACGAAGCUGAGAUCCUGCAAUUGCAAUACCCCGAAUCGAUGUAUCAAAAAGCAGAUCCCAUCCCUUAUUUGCCGUUUGAAAGCACUUCCGCCACUUUCGUGGACACGGAAGAAGGAGUCUUAGAAAUGCUUGAAGAGCUGAAGACGGCCACUGAGAUCGCGAUUGACCUGGAACAUCAUGAUACCAGAUCCUACAUCGGUUUGGUUUCCUUGAUGCAAAUCAGUACUCGCGAGAAAGACUGGAUUGUAGAUACUUUAAAGCCAUGGAGACAAAAUCUGCAAGUGCUGAACGAAGUGUUUGCCGAUCCGACUAUCAUCAAAGUAUUCCACGGAGCCUAUAUGGAUAUUACAUGGCUUCAACGAGACCUCGGACUUUAUGUAGUUGGCCUGUUCGAUACUCACCAUGCAAGCCGAUGUCUAGGUUACGCUGGAGGGAGUCUGGCUUUCUUACUCAAAAAGUUCAUCAACUUUGACGCUGACAAACAAUACCAAAUGGCCGACUGGAGAAUUCGACCCUUACCAGAAGAAAUGUUCUUUUACGCCAGAGCAGAUACCCAUUUCCUUCUAUAUAUUUUUGACAACAUGCGCAAUGAACUAAUUGACAGGUCAAGACCUGAGAUUCCAGAUGAGAAUCGUUUAGAAACUACACUCCAAAAAUCUAAGGAAACCUCUCUCCAGCGUUAUGAGCGUCAAGUUUACAAUACGGAGAGUGGAAAAGGUCCUGGAGGGUGGUACUCGCAACUCCUCAAGACACCAUCGCUCCUCGACAAGGAGCAAUUCGCUGUCUUCCGAGCGGUUCAUGCUUGGCGAGACAGGAUUGCUCGAGUGGAUGAUGACAGCCCCGCUUACGUUCUUGCCCAACAUGCCCUGCUGAGCAUCGCAAAGAAUCUACCUAUGGACAUGGUUGCUCUGCUCCGUCUAGCCCAUCCUGUAUCACACGGCGUCAAAUCCCGUGCCGGUGAACUGCUGGACAUCGUCAAGAAGGCUCGCGUCCAAGGCAAAGAUGGACCAAGCAUGAUGGACAUCCUAAGACCCGAAACUGCCAAUCCCGAUGGAAACGUCAGAUCCAAAGCCUCAUCCCCAGCUUCAGGUCCAACCGUAACUCCGAAAACCCUCGUCGCCGUCAUGGACGAAGGCGAUCUCCGAAGUGACAACUCCACAUUCUGGGGCGGCGCCUUCGGAAGCAGCGUCUGGGACGCACCCAGCGUCACACAACCCCAAAAUGAUAAUCUCCGCCUAGCUAUUCCCCUCCCACCACUCAAUUCCGAAAUAUUCGGAACUCCUCAAGGCUUUGCAGAGCAAGUCGAAGUCGCGAAAGAGACGCCCCUGCCACCUAGCCCGCCAGCUAGAGAGGAGAAGAAGACCGAUGAACCAUUCACUCUGAAGCGUGGCUCAAAACGGAAGAGCGAAGUCAUAUCCGACGCCGAGGAAGGAAACGGUGAAUUUGACAUAUCCCUCGAUAUCGAGGAGCAGCAAAAAGCAGCAGCAAAGCGUCAGCGCAAAGCAGAGAAGAAAGCCGCUAAGAAAGCCGCAAAGAAAGCAGCGGAGGAAGAGGCAGCUGGAGAAAUGGACGUGGAUGGUGCCGAUGAUGACGAGGAGGAGGAGGAGGAGGAGGAGGAGGAGGUCUUUGAUUAUACAAAGGCUGAAUCGGUGUUGCAUGGAAAGAGAGACGGGGCGAAGGGCGGGAGGAAGAAGAAGCCGUUUGAUCCGUAUGUAAAGAGUAUGGAUGCGCCGAAGGGGAUGAGGAGGCUGCAAACUGAGAGAGCGGGGAAGAGCCAUACUUUCAAGAGCUGAGUGUGAAGCGAAGCCAUUUAGGCCAGGAGAUUAUGCUAGGAUACACGGCUAUACAGAUAGCAACAUAGAUGUUCUUCUGAUCUUAGGAUUGGAAGGCCGUCCGAAGCUGAAAGUUCGCACAUUUGGUACGUGUGCAGACGAGAGCGGACAAGUUAGAAGUCCGAUUUUUAUAGCCUGGUAUACCCAGUUUUGAGGAGUUGAAACUCCAGGCUUCAAACGUCUUGCGUACGCCGCUGCAUACUGUGACAGCACCCUCAAUAGCUAUUCAAAAUAUAUGUCUGCGGAAAACCACUACUCUUUGUUGACAUCAUAGCUUUGACUCAAAGGCGCUAAGCGAGCAUGGGAGAAACAUGACAGGAAUUGAUAGUACUUAAACGCAACAAGAUUCUUAGUACCAGUAUCGCAGACAGAUAUCAGACAGAGCAAGAAAAA